AUGCACAGACCGCCGGCGCCCGACGUGUUGUCGUGUUUACUUCCAAAUGCCCCGUUACGGGCGUCUCCGACUACUACGGACGCGGCAGUAAUUAGUACCGGAGUGCGACCCCGACGCGUCGGAUCCGUCCGAGGUUCCCGUUGUGUGCUAUACAACGCGCACGCGUCCUCCUUGUCAGAUCGGACGGCCGCGACGACAAAGUCGUCCUGUCAAUGCCACAGCGUCCCGGCAAUUGUCCCGGCUAAUUUACAAGCUCGUCUAAAUUCAUUGUCUGGAUGGAUGGCAGGCGAAACGGCGAGUUAA